AUGGAGGGAAAGCGCAACAGUCCUCAACAUCGCGACUGGAACAAAAAGCAGAAGAAACCGAAACCGUCUGCAGCGGUGUUGGAGUCAAGGCUCCAGAUUGCAUACACUAGCUUCACUGCACGAGCCCCGGCAACUCUGAAGCCAACCGAAGUACCUAUCGACAUCGGUUCCCUGGCAGAAUGGGUGACUCUGCUGAACACGCCGACUGAGUUUGGGCUCCCGUUGAGUUCGCGGAGGAAGGAACAGACCCGGACCAAGUUCGACACCGCCAUGGACCUCACCAAUGCGGGUGUCGCAUACCUUGAGAACGUUAUGCCUGCACUAGUCAAGGCAAACAUGGCGAUGAAAGAAAGGCUCAGAUCACCUGCUAGCGAAUCCAUGAUGACCGAUGGCUCUCCACCGCCUCUUGGUCAGUAUACAGCAGAUGAUGGUCCGCUCCCGUGCACGUCGUCGCUCCACUUCAACGACUGCAGCGGCACAGCAGAUGAAUUCGCCUCUGCGCCUGACAGAACGACUAGCGAGACAGCAAUGAUCGACGCUCCGCCUCUGUCUCCGGAGGAAGCUGUGUGCGAGCAGGGUGCGGGUGGUCCAAGCCAAUUUGGCGAGUACGAAGAGUAA